AUGGCUUCUCCGGGCAGCAAGAAGCUUCGCAUCCUGCUCAUCCCAUUCUUCGCCAACAGCCACAUCGGCCCCUUCACCGACCUCGCCGUCCGCCUUGCCGCGGCAAGGCCAGACGCCGUCGAGCCCACCAUCGCCGUCACGCCGGCCAAUGUCUCGGUCGUCCGAUCAGCCCUCCAGCGGCACGGCCCUGCGGCGAGCGGCGUGGUCAGCAUCGCCACGUAUCCGUUCCCGGAAGCGGCCGGCCUCCCGCCGGGCGUCGAGAACCUCUCCACCGCCGGAGCCGAAGGGUGGCGGGUCGACGCCGCCGCCGUCAACGAAGCGCUGACACGGCCGGCGCAGGAGGCGCUCAUCAGGGGGCAGUCCCCUGACGUCCUCGUCUCGGACGUCCACUUCACCUGGAACGCCUUCGUCGCCGAGGACCUCGGCAUGGCCUGCGUUACCUUCAGCGUCAUCGGCCUAUUCAGCAUGCUCGCCAUGGGCCUCCUCGCCGAGGGCGAGGCGAACAACUCCGAUUCGGAGAUGGUCACCGUCGCUAGGUUCCAAGGGUCGGAGAUACGGAUCCCGAGGCCCGAGCUGCCGGUGUUCUCGACCUGCCAGGGGAAUCUCGACGGAAUGGACCUGCCCAGGAUGGAGGAAUCGCAGAUGAAAUCCCAUGGCUACGUCGUGAACACGUUCUUGGGCCUAGAGCAGCCGUACUACGAGAAGUUCGCGUCCACCAUCUUCUCAGGGCGCGUGUACUUGGUCGGGCCCCUUUGCCUGCCACAGCCACCGGUCGACGCCGACGCCGACGCCGGCGAGCCCUCCUGCAUCAGCUGGCUGGACGGGAAGCCGAGCCGGUCUGUGGUGUACGUGUGCUUCGGUUCGUUUGCGCCCGUCUCGCCGGAGCAGCUCGAUGAGUUGGCCCUCGGGCUGGAAGCCUCCGGCAAGGCGUUCCUUUGGGCGGUCAGGGCCGACGGGUGGGCGCCGCCGGCGGGGUGGGAGGAGCGCGUCGGCGACAGGGGCACGCUGCUCAGAGGGUGGGUCCCACAGACGGCGGUGCUUGCCCACCCGUCGACGGCGGCGUUCCUGACGCAUUGCGGGUCGAACUCGGUGCUGGAGGCCGCGGCGGCCGGCGUCCCGCUGCUGACCUGGCCGCUAGUGUGCGACCAGCUCAUCGAGGAAAGGCUGGUCACGGACGUGCUCCGGGUUGGGGAGAGGGUGUGGGACGGGCCGAGGAGCGUGCGGCACGAGGAGAAGACGGUGGUGCCGGCGGCGGCGGUGGCGCGGGCGGUGGCAAGGUUCUUGGAGCCUGGAGGGGCAGGGGACGCCGCGAGGGUCAGAGCGCAGGAGCUCGCCGCCAUGGCUCACGCGGCCGUGGCGGAAGGUGGCUCGUCGUACAGAGAUCUGCGCAAACUCAUCGACGAUCUGGUUGAAGCAAGGGCGGCCGCCGGCGCCGGCGCGGCCGCGAAGCAACCUCAGUAGGCUGCCCCCUGCGAGAUAAAAACAGUUCAUUUAUCUGUACGAUGUUGAUACAUUCUGUU